AUGUUGAAGCUUGAAUGGAUCAAUAUGUCUCAACUACCUAAUCAAGCUAAACAACGAGUAUGUGAAAAAAUAAAACAGUUAAUUCUCGAUCAAGGUGUUGUCAUUGAAUAUUCUAAUCACAAAAAUAAUGAACCUGAUACAGAUGUGAUUGAAGAACAACAACAGGCAUCCAGUGCUCCAGCAUUAGAUUCGCCUGGAUUAAAACGAAAAUGUCUUUUUCCAAACAAUCAAAAUAAUCAGAAAAAUAAAAAAAGAUCUGUGGAUCGAUACAAAUUCAUCCAAGAAGAAAUUGUAAAUUAUAUCAAAGAUACUGAUGAUGACAGUAUGAUGCUUUUACAACCACCAAAUUCUUUUUCAAACUCAUACGAAACCUUAUCAAAAUUGGCUACAAAAUAUUUAUGUAUUCCAGCAACUUCUGCUGCUGUUGAGCGAGUCUUUUCACAAAGCAGCUUUCUUUUAAGACCGCAUCGUGCUCGAAUGUCAUGUAAAACUCUUCAACAACUAACAUUAUUAAAGUGUAACAGUGGAAUUUAA